AUGAAGCAUUUAGCUUCACUACUGCCACCGGAUCCAGCACUGACAUUAUCUAUCGGCAGUGGCACUGGACUCCUAGAGGCCUUGCUUCUUCACCAGCGGCCUACACUGGAGCUUAAAGCUGUCGAGGUCCCGACGAUUAACAACAAGUAUAUGCCAAUUAACAGGAUUGAGAUUGUGGACGGAUACCGGGAUCUUUGCAGUUUGGCAGCAGAUGCAAGUGCCUGGAUGUACGUUUAUCCCAGAGAUGCUCGGCUUCUUCAGAAGUAUGUUCAGGCUUUUGGGGAUCAGAAGUGCGAACUCAUCAUCUGGAUUGGGCCGAGGGGAGAUUUCCCCGAGCCUGAGGAUGAAUUCUUCGGUGAAAUGUGGAUAAAGGAAGACUUCAAAGAAUGCGGUCUUAAGGACUACGAGACUAUGGCACUGUGGAGGCGGCUACCACUUGAGAAAGCUGGUUCGAAGGCGACGGAGGAUGAUGCCUCAGCAAAUUCAUAA